AUGCGGUUCCGGGCUAAAACUUCCAUGGUGCCCCCGGGCGAAGGCGGGCUUUUAUCCACUCCUCCGUCCCGCUCCGUCCGCAGCAAAUCCUGGUACUCCAAACGGAUUCUGUUGGUUGCAGUGGUGCUCUUUGUCUUCUGGUUCUUCAAGCCUACUGGUCCAUCGAUCCAGUGGUCGGCCAGCAGCCAUCAGUACCCGGCGGCACACCCUCAGGGCGCACAUGAGAUCAUCAAAACCUCGCUGCGAUUCAUCUAUCCGGCCAUCGAAGAUGUGCCUGCGUUGCAGGGGCUUGGCAUCUACACGUUGUUCAGUCGUGUGGGCGCCGAUCUUGUCUCUUUGAACCACUUCGAUGAGAAAGACCCCGUGGAACAAAAGACAAAGGAAGAGACGCAGAACGCGGCUCUGCCUGACAACAAGAUCAAAAACGAUUUCAAGAACCGCCGCAAGUACGUCUAUGACUCCACCAGUAGCUCCAACAGUCCACGCGUGGUGAUCGUGUCGGCCAUCAACUAUGAGAAAUACAAGCUUCAGUCACUUGUCAAUCUCAUCCAGAACAGAGUCGACUAUGCUAUCAAGUACGACUACGGUGUGUAUGUCCGUUGGACUCAAGAAUUCGUUGCUGAGAUGAACGACUAUGAGUUCUAUACCGAUCAGGAGAAAUCAAAGUGGGCUCGUUUGUUCUGUUUGAGAGCAGCCAUGUUUGCAUUCCCACACGCCGAGUGGUUUUGGUUCCUUGACGAGGACUCUUUGAUCAUGAACAGGGAUGUUGACAUCGCCGAAUAUCUUUUGAACCCGGCUUCUUUGGAUGGUGCCAUGAUGAGAAGCCACCCAUUGAUUCCGCCAACUGGAAUCAUUAAGUCCUACGAGUCCACCAAAGCAGAAGAUGUUGAACUCGUCCUUACACAGUCGAGGCAAAAGAUCGAGACCGGCUCAUUCGUGCUAAAAAACACCCUCAUUGCGAAAGGUAUUCUUGACACUUGGCUGGACAAGUUGUUUUUGCAAUACAAUAAUUUUCCGUUUGGCCCCGAUUCUGCAAUCACACAUAUUUUGCAAUGGCACCCAUACUUCCUUUCAAAGUUGGCCUUGGUCCCUGCAAGAAUGAUCAGUUCUCUGCACAAUCCCUUGGUUCCUGAGGAAGAGAGAGAAACUGAUCCAAUUAGUUACUUCUCUGGAGACCUAGUUGCACAAUGGAUCGAGUGUAAUUCUCCGGAUAGCUGUGAGUCUAUUUUGGCUAACUACGUCAGUCUCUUGCAGGAACCCUAG